GUCUGCACGUGAUUUUGUUGUGAGGCUUACUUCCUUAUCGUUCUGUAAAGAAGCGUUUCCUCCACCAUACCUCAAUUAUAGAAGUUGGGAAUAGGAAACAUAUGGCGGAAUAAUAUAUAUCAUUGCAUACUGUCAUCAUAUCAACCAGCAUCGUGAUGAUGGAGAAGAUAAUUAAGGAUGUUGGUGAUAUUCAGUCCAGACUGAUUGAUCACAGGCCGGUCCUGCAGGGAGAAAUCAGAUACUUCAUUAGAGAAUUUGAGGAGAAACGCGCUUUCAGAGAAUGCCGCUUGCUGGAAAAUCUGAAUAAGAUGACGUCAGAUAUUAAUGAGCAUGAUUUGCCACGCUGCACCGAGAGUAUGCAUGAAAAACUGUGUGAUGCUCUCACACGACUAGAAGCAGCAAAUCAUAUGGCUCAGAGGAUCCAGCAGAGGGAGCUAGAGGCUGAACAGAACACACAUCUGCAGGUGUGUGCGGAGAUGCGGAAGCAGGACUGGGAAGAGUUCCAGAAAGAGCAGUGCCGUCUGAAGGAGGAGGUGGAUGAGGAGCAUGCCAAAGCUGUAGGCAGACUCAGUGCUCAGUAUGACGAAAUGAAGAAAGACCUGGCCAAACACAGCAGCUUCUGAACCUUAACCUCUGUGUGUGACAGUUCCAACGUUAGUUCACCUGAAAAAUGAAAAUCAUGUUAUUAAUUACUGACCCUCAUUUCGUUCCAAUCCAGACCUUCAAUUAUCUGUGAAACACAAUGAAGAUGAUGUUUUAGAUUAAAUCAGAGAGCUCCCUCAUCCUCCAUGUACAGCAAAUGUCCUGAGAAAUCCAGAAAACAUUUUCUAAACAUUUCAUGUGACUUCAGUGGUUCAACUGUUAUCAUUAAAAAACACUUUUUUGAGCCAAAAAAACUAACAACGGCUUCAUUCUCCCAUGUCUUCCACAUCAGAUCAGGCUGCAUGGUUACUAUAGACAGUGCAAUGUAUUAACAUUAGAUUCAGCAGCGCAACACACAAACAUAGUAUUGGUCGUAGUAAACACACACCCUGGUCAGACGUGGAAGGUCUCUGGAAAUUGACCCUUCGCCAAACCACACCCUAAAACCACCACCCACCAAUCGUGGCUUAGCAACCGUAGCUACGUGCAGGGGCUCUGUCAAGCUUCCGAGCGAGGGGAAACCAAAGCGUUUAUAGCGUGCAUAUGAAUUGUGCAAAUCUGACACCCGGUAUCCUUAAAGUUGGGACAGGGUGGUGGAAUUUUUCCCUUUUCAAAACCUAAAACCCAAGGGGAGAAAUGCCAGCGUGGAUCAAGCUUUGUGAGGGCGGGGUGCCAAAGAGCUUAGAAUGACCAAGAGGCGACACUCAAUAGAACGUUCCAUUGCAACAGCAGCGCACAGCAGCAGCCCUGGAUUCCGCCAUUUUGGAGUGAAAGCGAUCGGCUGUCCAUUGGAUCUUACUGCUGUUGCGAUUGCUGUUGCUUUGUUUUUAUUUAUUUAAAAAGCGUAUUAAAGCUGAGAUACAACCUGAAAGACGACAAUACUGCACUUACUAUGACAAUCAUCAGCACUUUUAAUAGUUUAUUUUACAGACUUAUAAUAUGCUGUUGUUUUAUUGGAGUUUUCAUUACAAAAUGGCCGCCGCGCCAUCUAGUGGCUGUUUCCCAAAUUGCACUAGAGUGUCGCCUCUUGGUGGUUGUAUGCUCUUUGAGGGCGCUAAAGGAGCGAAGUAAGUUGGUUUUGUUUCGAUAUUCCUGACACAAUCAGUGACCGACGGCAAUAACUCACACACCUCUUACCGUGAAAAGAUUUUAACUGUGUUUCCUACAAAAAUACAAAGCAGGUUAUGUUUCCCAGCUGUCUUUCUCUCUUUUUUUUCGCACGAUAUUAUGAGCACUGCUCCGUUCAAGCCCUCGCAAUAGUAGUCAUACUAAUAGCAAUCAUAUUUCCAUCUGUUUCAAGCUACGAAUAUUUGAAAUUACAAAUCAAUAGAGCCAAACCGAGAUAUGAUAACAAUCUGUGCACUUGCGAUUUAAUAUUCUUCACCCGCAGCUGCUUUUCAGUCAUUUAUAACACUCAUGUCCAUGUCAAAACUACAAUUCACCAAUGUUUUCAUCAGUCUUUUGGAGAUUUAGUCAUUGGUGAUGAUGUUAUAGCGGGUUAGUAUCUGCUUUUAUAUUUGGUGUCGGAUUAUUAUUUGCUGGUAGGGAAAAUCUGUUCACUUCAGCUAUUUAUACUUUGAUUUGCAUUUCAAUUUAUUUAUUUGUUCCACUGAACUGCAAAUUAGAAUAGAAACUGGAUAAAGAGCACACAAACAUACUGACAGUUAUAGGUGCUGCACAUUGUUAUGGGUCAAUGAUGUUAAUAUUCGGCACAAUUCCAUCAAUUUUGCCUUUCUGGCAUUUCUAUGAAUGAAUUAUGUAGAAGUACUGUCCAUGCGUGUUUCCAUCUUGUUUAGGUUAAAUUUUAACUGCAAAUUUGAGUCUGAGUAUGAGUCUUGCAUUCAUGUGCUCUGUCAGUGCCCAUAAAAACAUCCAUCAUGGCACAUAUUUGCCUCAAAUCCCUUAGUUUAAAUCUAAGCAUAGGCAUUUUCACAUCAGACAGGAACAGUUAAUAUAUGAUCAUUUUUUUCCUACAUGUGUUUGUAAAAUAUCCGACAUUAAACAUGUCUGAAUGUGUUUAAGGCCAUCUGUGCAACUGCUUUAGAUUGAGAGAGAUCUUAGCCAGAAAUCUGUCCUCUCUUCUCACACGUCCCUGUGUUUUCCACACAAUAGUAAAGGUCAGACGGCACAUUCAAUCUGAGCUGCGUUUGACUCGGGUGGAGUGUUUGAGUUGUCAAUUCUUCAGCCAUAGCAUUUCUUCAGCAUUUAUGCACUGUUAAUGUUAGCAUAACAAAUUUACUAACUGAUAAUAAACGUUUGAUUUAUUUUAAUAAGUUUGAACUGCUUAAGCAUCAACAUGCUACAAUGAACAGUGA